AGACGCAGGCAGGCUGCGGUGACCUAAGCGGCCACCCCUGCCUCAGGGACCCCUUCCCCGAGAGACGGCACCAUGACCCAGGGAAAGCUUUCCGUGGCUAACAAGGCCCCCGGGACUGAGGGGCAGCAGCAGGCGAAUGGCGAGAAAAAGGAGGCUCCAGCAGUACCAUCAGCUCCGCCCUCCUAUGAGGAGGCCACCUCUGCAGAGGGGCUGAAGACAGGGACCUUCCCCCCAGCCCCCAUGGCUAUGCCUCUCCAUCCCAGCUGGGCCUAUGUGGACCCUAGUAAGUCUUGAAGCAACUACAACUAUGAGAGCGGUUUCCCCUCAGGAGAAAUCAGCUGGGAUGACCAGAAUGUCCGUCGAGUCUUCAUCAGAAAGGUCUAUACCAUCCUGCUCAUCCAGUUGCUGGUGACCGUGGGUGUUGUGGCUCUCUUUACCUUCUGUGACCCUGUCAAGACCUAUGUCCAGGCCAACCCCGGCUGGUACUGGGCGUCCUAUGUUGUGUUCUUUGUGACCUAUCUGACCCUGGCCUGCUGCUCUGGACCCAGGAGACACUUCCCCUGGAACCUGAUUCUCUUGACUGUCUUUACUCUGUCCAUGGCGUAUCUUACUGGGAUGCUGUCCAGUUACUAUAACACCACAUCUGUGCUGCUGUGCCUGGGAAUCACGGCUCUUGUCUGCCUCUCAGUCACCAUCUUCAGCUUCCAGACCAAGUUUGACUUCACCUCCUGUGAGGGCGUCCUCUUCGUGCUGCUCAUGACCCUCUUCUUCAGUGGACUUAUUUUGGCCGUCCUGCUGCCCUUCCAAUAUGUUCCCUGGCUCCAUGCUGUGUACGCAGUGCUGGGAGCAGGCGUGUUUACGUUGUUCCUGGCAUUUGACACUCAGUUGCUGAUGGGUAACCGCCGCCACUCGCUGAGCCCCGAGGAGUAUAUUUUUGGAGCUCUCAACAUUUAUCUGGACAUCAUCUAUAUCUUCACCUUCUUCCUGCAGAUUUUUGGCACUAACCGGGAUUGA